AUGGACCAAAAAGUUACUGGCAUUGAUAACUUUCACAGUGACGAGGAACCGUUAAUGUCAAGUGGAGAAUCACAAAUACAACCGGAUACCAAAGUUCAAGUUUUGAAUAUCGAUAAUAACAGUGUUAAGAAGGGAACUGAAGGUGAUUCUGAAGAUCUUUUAAGUAGAAUUUCAAACAAGAAAACGAACCGGAAAAUACCAAACAUCGCAGAAGAAUUAGCAAAAAACAGGAACUACGUCAAAGGUGCCUCUCCCUCCCCCAUUAUUGUUUCUUCUUCUUCUCCUUCAGCUUCUCAAUCUGGACCCCCUUCCUCUUCGACGAACUCGAUAGGAGUACCAACAAAUAGAUUUAGUAAUAAUGCUGCAGAAUUGUGCCAGCAUCCACAAAACCCUGCAAUAUCUGCUAAUAAAACGAACAUAGAGGAAACAAGACUAAAUGAUAAAAUCAUGGACAACAGAAAUGCUCCAGAAAGAGGAACAUCUUCUUUCGCUGCUAGUCAACUUAAAAUAUCAUCUUUAUUAACUAUAUCUUCCAAUGAUAAUAGCGCAACUUCACACAUAAACGAUGUCAGUGCCAAAAAAAAAACCAACGCCUCUACCACUACUAAUAUUCCACUAGCCUUCACAGAUUCCAAUAUGGAUGCAAACAAUGUUGAAUCUCUAAUAAAAACUCCGAACUCUCCUAGGAAUAAAUCAUUAACCCCUAAAGUUAUUUUGCCCACACAGAAUAUGGACGGCACUCUUGUAAAGGACCCUCAUCUAGGCGAUAAUACCCCAGGUGUUCUUAUAGCAAAAACUAGCUCUCCUGUAAAUUUAGAUGUUGAAGGCAUUGCACAGCCUCUGGCAAAAUUCAACAAGUCCAGUCAUUCUUUCAAAGCUGCUUUAGCAAAAGCUCCAGUGGAAAAAGUUUCUUUGAAACGUAGUAAUAGCUCGAUUGGAAACUGUGAUUCUAGUAUUAACCCCAGCAAAAAGCCUGCACCAGAAAGAGCUAAGAAAUCAAAUUCAGUUUCAGCUAUACUACCAAAGCCAGUGAGCAGAGCAUCAAAAAAGACUACCAGUAACAAUAAUGACUCUAAUAGGAAGAAAAAUUCCUCGAACAAAAGUGCAUCGACUACUAAGAAAGAAUCAAGUACCAGCUCCAAAGCAAGUACCAUUAAAAAGGAAAAUAAUUCUUUAGCUUGUCUCAAAACCACUGAGAAAGAAAAGGACAAAGAUGGAAAUGGCACGGAUGCUAAGAACUCUACCGCCAGCUCUAGGAAGGACGCAACUUCGAAAUCGCCAAGAAAGCUAAUACCUGCACCGACGGUUAAUCCACCCAAAAUUAUACAAACAGCUCAAACUAAAGCAAAAGAACCCUCAAUAUUAGUCGAUAUUCCAUUGUACCAAGCUGAUUCAAAUGAUUACUUGGAUGAAAACGGUCAGAUCAUUUUCAAUCUAUCAACUCUAAUAAAAGAGAAAUAUCACCCAAAAAACAAAGAGCUAGCGCAAUUGAAGGACUCUAAGAGAAAUCUACUAACACAAUUAUCAGAUCAUUCUAAUGCAACACUAGAGAAGGAGAAAUAUGAAGAAGGUGAAGUUAUAGAACUUGAUGAUGACGAGGAUAUGGAAGAAGAUGAAGGUGAAUUAGACACGGAAACCAAUGCUACAACUGCCACCACGUCUCCAAAGAAAAAAUCGCAUCCUAUGAAAGGUAAAAAUUUAAUAGGUAAAUAUGACGUUGAAGAUCCGUUCAUCGAUGAUUCAGAGCUAUUAUGGGAGGAACAACGUGCUGCAACCAAAGAUGGUUUUUUUGUGUACUUUGGUCCAUUAAUCGAAAAAGGACAUUAUGCAAGUUUAGAGCGUGCAAAUGGUACCAUGAAAAGAGGCGGUGUUAAGAAUAAGUAA